AUGGCGCACCACGAGGAGGACCAUAGCUACCACCCGAAGGAUGCUAUUUCAGCAUCCAUGAAGGCCACAGCACUGACUGGUACUGUUGGUCUCAUGGGAUCUGCCGUCCAGAACACCCUGGCCCGCCGCAACGUUGGAGCGCUGGGCGUCCUCAUUCGCAGCGGGGGUACCAUUGGUAUCUUCGCCGCGAUGGGCGGUACCUAUGAGUUCGUCAGAACCGCCUCCGCCAACCUCCGCGAAACCGAGGACACCUAUAACACCGCCUUAGGUGGUUUCUUCGCCGGUACUCUCUUAGGCUUCCGAGCCCGCACCUUCCCCGCUGUUCUCGGAUACGGCGUCGCGCUCUCCACUGCCCUGUCCGCGUUCGAGUACACCGGUGGCAGCCUGUUUGGAGCUAAGAAGGACCGCACCGAGGAUGAAUUUGAGCGUCGCCAGAGGCUGCGCAAGAACUUCCAGACCCCCGCUGAGCAAACCUUUGCCGAGCUGGGCGAGGGACGUGGUAUCUACGGCGCUAACUACGAGGAGCGCCGUGCUGAGCGCAUCAAGGAUGCGUACGGUAUUGAGGUCCCCACAGGCAAGGUGCCUGCAUCAUAA